AUGGUUGCGGAAUCAAUAGUCGCAGCUCCCUACUGCGAUACAUCGCUGCCCGUAGGUGAGCGUGUGGACGAUCUCCUGUCCCACAUGACACUCGAGGAGAAGGUCGGGCAGAUGUUCCACUGGCUCGUGAUGCCGCGCGCUGAGGACUCCCUAUCGCAGCCCAACAACAUAAUGGCCCUCGAGAGCCCCCAGGACACCAUCUGCACUCGUUUCAUCAGCCACUUUGCGCUCGUGGGCUCCGUCACAGACGUCCGCCAGGCGGUCCGCUGGCACAACGCCGCCCAGAGGCUCGCGCGCUCGACACGGCUUGGCAUUCCCCUUACCGGAUUGUCCGACCCCCGUCACCACUUCUUCGCCAACCUAGGCACAGCUGCCGCGGCAGGCUCCCUAUCUCAGUGGCCCGAGACCCUUGGUCUUGCAGCGAUCAGAGACCCGGCCACCACCAGGCGAUUCGCCGAGAUGGCGAGCCAGGAGACCAAUGGCACCUUUGGCGAGGACGCCGAUCUGACCUCGGAGCUGGUCGCGGCCUACAUCCGCGGCUUCCAGGGCGCCGGGCCGGGGCUGAGCUCGAGCUCGGUGGCCUGCAUGAUCAAGCACUUCCCCGGCGGAGGCGCGCUGCGCAAGGGCGAGGACUCGCACUUCCACGAGGGCCGUAUCCAGGAGUACCCCGGCGGCCAAUUCGAGUACCACCUCCGCCCCUUCCGCGCGGCGCUCGAGGCCGGCGCAGCGCAGGUGAUGCCGGCGUACGGCGUGCCUACGGGCAUGCCCGAAUUCCCAGAGGUCGCAUUUGGCUUCAACAAGCCCAUCGUCACCGACCUUCUGCGCGGCAAGCUCGGGUUUCAAGGCAUGCAGCAGGUGCGCGCCUGGGGCUGCGAGGAUGAGUCCCGGCUCGACCGUGUCGCCAAGAUUCUGGACGCCGGCUGCGACCAGCUCGGCGGCGAGAUCUGCAGCGAUCUCAUCAUCGAGCUCGUGCGGAGCGGCCGCGUGGCAGAGUCGCGCAUCGAUGCGUCGGUCACCAGGAUCCUCCGGGACAAGUUCAUGCUUGGCUUGUUCGACAGCCCGUUCCUCGACGAGGAGCAGGCGACCAACUCUCCUCCAUCCUCUUGCAAGGUCUUCCUUAAUGACUUCCCCGCCGAGAUCGCCACGGCCCGAGGGUUCACGGUCGUCGGAAGCGCCAAGGAGGCCGACCUGGCCAUCGUGCGGCUGCAGGCACCUUACGAGAAGCGCUCCGGCGCCUUCGCGAGCACGUUCCACGCCGGGUCUCUGGACUUCAGCGACGAGCUCCUGACCGAGGUCUUGGCCAUCUGCGCCGACGCGCCCACCGUCGUUGACGUCUAUCUGGACCGCCCGGCCGUCGUGACGCCCCUAGUCGGCAAGGCCGCCGCGCUACUCGGCACCUUUGGCACGGGGCCCGACGCACUAAUGGAUGUUCUGCUCGGGGCGGCCAAGCCGCUGGGCAAGCUGCCGUUCGACCUGCCACGCUCCAUGGCGGCUGUGGAUACGUCAUUAACAGAUAAGGCACACGAUACAAAAUAUCCUGCAUUCAGAUUUGGCCAUGGGCUAAGCUAUCCACAGACUUAG